AUGUAUUACUUAAAUUGCCUCAACUUUCUACCCACAUGCAACGUAUUCAAGUGGCUUAACGAGCCAAGUUAUGUUUGGAAGAUAGUUUUCCUUUGUUGUUUGGCAAACUUCAUUAACGCAGCUGAUCGAGUUAUCAUGCCUAUUGUUAUAAUUCCCAUAUCGAAUCACUUUGGCUGGAAUCUUCACCAAUAUGGAUUAGUUCUGAGUUCGUUUUCUGUAGGCUAUCUUGGAAGUAUGAUUAUAGGUGAAAGAGCAGCAAGACGAUAUGGUGGAGGUCUGAUCCUUAGUUUUGCCAUCGCAUUCUGGUCAUUGUCAUCCCUCCUCACUCCAUUCUUUGCUCACUCUAUUCGCUCUCUGAUAACUGUGCGUAUACUACUUGGCUUAAGAGAAGGAAUAGGUCUUCCUACGGUAUUCCACAUAUUUUCUUAUGUUGUGCCUGUUGAAGAACGCAGUCGAUCUUUCAGUUAUAUGGUCACAUUUGGUACUGUUGGUCAAACAGUAGCUACCUUGGUUUGCCCUCAUUUAAUUUGGUCUCAUUCGUUUUUCAUAUUUGGUUUUAUUGGUCUUGUGUGGAUUUGUUUCUGGAUCCCUAUCUUUAACGUUGUUAGAAGAGCUGAGUCACGAAUUGAGUUGCCUGCUCAACAAUCUCAGCCUUCCAAACCGUCUCUUCGUUGGACCGAAUUCGUUUCACACUGGCCAUUAUGGGCAAUUUACAUUGCUCAUUUCAGUAUGAACUGGUCAAAUUAUAUUGUAAUGCUAUGGUUACCGACCUACUUAGUCCGUUAUUUGGGAGCUACUGAAUAUGCCAUAAUGCUAACAGCUAUACCUUAUAUAUGUAAUUGUAUUGGGAGUGUUAUCGUCGGACGGCUAGCGAAUUACUUAACUAAACGGCAGUUCACUGUACUAACUGUUCGACGCUUAAUGUCAUCUAUUGGUCUUCUUGGUCCAGGUGUGGUACUUUUUUUGUUUUCCCUAUCAAGCAGUGUAACAUCAGCUAUUGUGUGAGUUUUUAGAUUUUUAUUUGUAAUUUUCUCGUUAUCUCUGGAAUAUUGAAUUGGAAUAGCGUUUUGCAACACUCCUUCAGGUAGGGAGUAUCUAAAUAAAUCUGCUUGCUAAUACCAUAGUUUAUGUCUAUGGAAACUAAUACCACAGUUAGUUUACUUAAUGCUGUCAAGUUCCAUCUUUUCCAGCAUUAUUAUCAAUGUGUCUUCUAUGUAUUUCUUUCCGGUAUUAGAUUAAUCACGAUCCUAAUAACUUUACGAAUAUCCUUUUUGUAUUUAAUUAAAACAUUUUAAAAUAAGACAUCUGUCUUCAAAUUUCCCAACAGGCAUGUAACGUACGUCUAUAAUUUUCUUUCGAUUCCACCCAAAAUUCCCUGCACUAGUUGCAACGAACUACCACAUGAUCUCGCUAUUUUGGUUGUACUCUUCGGAAAUGUUGUGCUUUCCCAAAGUUAUUAAAUUAUUUUCGUUGGCACAGUCCGUGUAAUGCUGUUACUUAGUAUCUGCUAUCCAUGUAUCGUGCGCAUCAGAUAUUAUAUAUAAUUUGGUACUGACAGUCAUAUCAAUUUUGUCUAUAUAUAUUCAAUGUAAAAGUUAAAAACAUUAAGUUUUACUCAUAGCAUCACUUAUGACUAUUUCUUAUACAUUCUUAGUUUCCAUUGAAAUUUAUGGCUACUUGUUACAAGUUCUGUUCUUUUCUACUAAAUACGCUCAAAAAUUAUAGUUUUGUUUCAGGGAAACAUAUAGUGGUUAGAACUGUUUUGUUAGUCAACAAAAAUCAACGUUGAAGAGUUCCACAAAUUCUCGGGUUUUUUGUAGAAACAGUGAAAGGAACAAUGGUAAAUAGUAAAAGGUUAGGUUGAAGUAAAACUAAGGGACGAGCUAACGUAUAACUUUGAGCCACUUAAGUUAAUUUUGAGGUACGCUUAAGUCUUCCUGCAUGGAAUAAUAAUUUGUUUUAGCUUGAAUUUUCUGAUGCUUCCUGGCACAUUCCUACUCCAAAAAAACACUAGAAACCUUUAUUUUAGAUAGGUGGUUGUGGGUUAUGACUUGUUAUCGAACCAUAUCGAUGUCUAAAGGCUUGCAGCACCACGAAUUUAUCAUCUUUACCUAAAGCAGUGUGACUCUUUUCAUCACUGUGUAACCAAACAUUUCACCACAACGAUAUUGAUGUUAAAAUAUCGCUAGUUCAGAUACUUAGAGUAUUCUGAUUUCAUUCAUUUAUAUUCUUUGACCACAUCGUAUUACCUUUCAGGGCAGUUUUCGCUAUUCAUCUAUGCAUUUCAUUUUGCCUCUGCUUCUAAAGUUGGCGUAAUCUGUUGACUAUCAAACGAUCUCUGUGUCCUCUAAUCUGAGCCAUGUUGGUAGAUGCAGACUACUUGGUUGGGGUCCGCGUGACUAUCGUAACCAAUAGUUGGAGACUGUUGGUGACAUGGCUCAGAAUCGAUCACAAUGGCGUCGGUGUAUACACUCUUUGUCUUCCCUUAAACUAAGAGAUUAAAGUCGCUUCAUAUCUUUCUUUCUACGAACUAAUUCUUUCUUCCUGUACUAUUUCCUUAUUGCAAUCUUUCUUUUAUAUAUUGCCACCUCUGAAUUAACUACUUUUAUGAAUCCUGUGUCCAUCUUGUUGUGUCAAUGAGGUAUGGCAACUUGGACCGAUGCACAUAUGUGCCUGGUCUUACGUUGUAGCUGACUCACUGACCUCUUAUCGAAGUGUCAAUGGAAUUCAUUUUCACUACGACACUCCAAACUACUUGUCCGAAUAAGUCACUUUCAAAAUCAAUUCUUCACUUCAUAAUCCUUUAUGGCUCCUUUAUAGGUAGCCUGAAUAUUUUCUUAAGGUUGAUGGCGAUUAUCCACUAAUAGCUAUAACAUUGUUCUUUUUUGAAGGGGACGUUAACAUUCAUUUUCGAGUAGCACUUGGUGAAACUUAGCAAUGAUGUUAUUUUCUGCAAUUAUCCAAGGGGAAAUGCAAAUUCUUCAAGUAUGGCGUAACUUGUGUCCAAAUGCAUUAUGGGAAAUAAGCGAAUUUUUGCAAUGCGAUACUCUGGACACCAGGUUUUUAAUUGAGAUUUAAUCUAUGUAAAAGCCAAUGAAGUGUGUUUUAUUCAAAAAGUGAAGAUGACCAGUCAAAUUCAAGCUGGGCGGAAUGGGUUAUUUGUAUUUAUAGGAAAAUCGUCGUUCAUGAGGUUGUAAUGAAGCGUGAUGACAUUAUAGUUAAAACAUCUGAUCCGAAAGACUCCAUGAUGGAGAAAUUUUAUUACAAUUCUGACACUAACAUGCAAUCAUAUAUGCGUAACCCUACAGUCAUUUAGUUUUCAUCGGAAUAUGUGAAUUUGAUACAACGAUAAAAAAAAUAAGGUAAAUCUGCAGUACUUCAUGGGUAUGCUUGUCUGUAUAUUCCUGUGUACAAUAUGUAUCAUUCAUGUAAACAGAAAUUAGUUUUUCCCUUUUGCCUUAAAAAACGUAGCAUGAUACUGAGAUUUUCUUCGAUAAACAUAAAAUAUUAUCAGGUGUUGACUUUUUUACGGGACUGAAUUGAAUGAAUAUUCUCAUAUAACGUUCCUAUGAAUUAUUUUUGUGUUGUCAGUUGGUAUUCCCUAUCAUUUAUGAGUAAUUACUUCUAGAUUUUGAUUAUUAUUUCACUGAGUGUAAACUGCAAAAUGUUGGUACAGAAAUCUUUUAAAUCCGUCUGUAGCCUUAUGAUUUGUACAACAUUCUUUUGCUAUAUUUUCCAAUUGUUCAAAUCUUUACAUAUCAUGAAAAAUUGUUUUGUUUUUCUUUAGUCAGUAUUGUUCGUCAAUGUUAAAUAUUUAGAAAUUGAUACUGGUAAUAAGCUCGAACAUAAAUGUAGAUUUUUAAAAAACACUUAAAAGCCUUCCCGUAAAGAAAUUUCAGUUUUCGCGAGUUCAUAGUAAAAUGACUUAUCUUUUAUUCAGUCCUUAACGUAAAUAAAAAUUAGCUCAGUUAAUUAGAUGCAAAUGUGUGUAAUGACUGUGAAUCCCACUUAGUAUGCUUGCUGUAAACCAUCACUGAAUUAUGUAUUCCUAAGUAAGGUAAGUUUCAUUAUCACAUAUUAUUAUAAGAUGAUUUGAUUACUUGUCAUGAAAUAGUGUUUUCUUGUUGACUUUCCAACAGAACUCAUCUAAUAGAAUUUAUUUUCUGUAGUUUUACCACUAGCAUCAGCUGUAAAUAUACCUGAAAAGUUUAUAAAUUUAUCGUUUAUCAUAUGGCAUUCACGAUAUUGCUGUCAGUAUCAGAAUAUGAGUAUAUUAUAUUCUUUUUUCGAUCUUUUACUUUAAUUCAAUUCAUCUGAUUUAGCCUGAUUUCUGUGUCUAUGACAUUUUCCGCCUUCAAUUCUGCUGGACAUUUAUGUAAUCAUGUAGAGGUUGCACCUAAUCAUGCAGGCACCACAUUUAUCAUAAGCAAUAUUUUGGUGAGUAUCAUUAGUUUUUAUUUUGUUUUAUUGGAAACUGAUUCAGGUUUAUCUAUUUAAUACUGGUGUAUGGUUUUUGGUAUCUCCUAUGUUGGUCAUCAAAGUUUAUCGUUAAUUGCAGUGAGAUUUAGCCUAUCAACAUGAAAAAUCAGUACUACGGUUUAAAAUAAUCGAAAAAGCACAAGAAAUUUAAACCAUAAAUAUCGGGCUAGUGAAGCUUGAAUAAAAAUGAUGAUUGGUUUUUUACUGCUGUCUGUAUUGAUUAUCAACAUUCUCACUCAUUAUUAAAUAAACAGAGAUCAGUUCAUUCCGUUCCUCUUAAAUGUUAACGUAAUGGUGCUUCAUAAUUGAGGGAUAUUUUACUACGCUUAUUGGAUCGUUGACUCUUUCAUCAAUAACUAAUACUGUUACAUUCGUGUUUAAUGGAUCGAUUAAACGUUUCUCCGUUAAUUUGUUCAGGCAUGUUAAUCUCAUACUAUCUUAGCAAAAGAUGUGCUUAAAAAUUUCAAGGUUAGUGGGUUGUAUUUUAUGUAAAUGCUUUUAGAAAAGAUAUAAAGCCCACCUACGUGCUUUGGUAAUAGUCUCGAAGUUAUUUUUUUUAGAAGCUGUGAAAUUGAAAGCUGUUGUUUCUUGCAUAUUUAGUUUAUAAUUAGUUACUGUUCAUACUCAAGUAGAAAUAGAUCAACAGCAGUAUUGUAAAUUCGAUUAAAUCAUAUAUUCGAGUCGUCCUCCUGAAAAUCAAUGCUAUUAGUAAAGUUGUAGUUGUUGUGUGAUCAUCCUCCAAUGAAUUUUUCUUUCUAUCAUUCUCAGAGAGAUUAUUAUUCACCCUCAGUAAAAAUUCCUCUACGGUCUUGAAAUAAACUUAUACCGUUGUACGAAAUGAAGUUAAAUAAAACAUCCACCUUUCAUUUUUUGUGAAAAUUGAUACCACUAAACCGAUUAAAAAUUAAAAAUAAAGAGGAUAGAAUGGGUGAACGAAUAUCCCAAGGAUUUAAUAUUUUGUACACUUAAAUCAUGAAAUGACAUACAGGAAGUCAUUGAGUCUAAUGGUCUGAACUGGUGGUCAAAAGUACUCAGUGCCACAUAUGACUGUUUUGUGAAGAAAGGUGAGAUGAGGUUUUGGUUUAUUAUUUAAGAUUUCUCUGCCACUGUAAUUAGUAAUAGCGUAAGUAAAUACAGUUUCACGAUCGACACUUUGUGAGUGUUCGAAAUAGAUGGGAAGGAUUAAUUCUAUUGAUUGUCGUUAAAUCACAGUAUCUGACUACAACUCAGGUUUUCUUCCCACAGUAAUUUUUGCGUUAAUGUGCGAAUCUGUUUAGUUGUUCUGUUUACUCACAUUCUUAUUGUGUAAAUUCCGGGCUGAAUUUGUCCAUGUGAUAAUUAGUGCACACUUAGGCAUCAACGUGAAGACGUAGAUGCGUAACCAAAUCAUGUUUCAGACAUAAUUUCAAUAAACUAUUAUUUUUUUGAUUUUGUGAAUUUUGAAGAAUGUUAUCACAGUUAAUCUGUGAUUAAAGUUUUUCAGUGAAGUGAUUCACUACCGCUGUUUUCGGCGUUAACCCAUUCACUUCUACUUGUUAAUUAUUUCCUCUGUUGCAUUUCCAACUACACUUUCCUAUGUUACUUCUAGUGACCACUUGUAGCGUGGUUUUUACUAUCUGAGCUGUAUAUUAUCUCGAAACACUGGUUUAAAUUCUAGAUAAGGUGAUUCUAAUUUAAAUGUAGUAGCAAAUAAGGCUUGGAAAUAGUAUUUAAUAUAGCUAAUUUUUAUAUUGCCUUAUCGUUCAUUGCAUUUUCUACUAUAUAUAGGCUACUAUACCUGGAAUAGUAUGUGGUCCACUGACUGCCGAAUUAGUUAUCACAUCUGGUGGAAGGUGGUUUCCUGUAUUUAUACUAGCUGGUUUUAUAAAUGUUGUUGGUGCUGUUGUGUACAUUAGCCAGAGUUCUACGACGCAAGUAUUGUAAUCAUGCGAAUAACGUGUACAGAUGUCCAUGUACAUUCACUUUUUUUAUUCUUCUAGCUUUGUAUCUGACUAUUUUCCUACCCAAGUCUAUACUUUCUCUCCUUACUUAAUUAAUUUAUCAUGAACUGUGCCUUCAACUUUCUGUUUUACGAAAUUCGUUGUCAAAUUUACGUAUCAACCAUGCAUGGUAUCUUCGCAAAGAUAUGGCCAAGAUUUAUCUAUUGAAUUUAUUCGGUUAAAAUUAUUCACCCUUUACUAUAAUGAAAUCACAAUGUUUCGUUAUAAAUUAGUGAAUCGAUAAAUCAUUGUUACUU